GCACCACGGCGGCAUCUUACCCCUUUAAGUGGAACUUUCUACGGUAGCGUGGUCUCACGAACAAGUGUCCUCGGGAUACAUGCGGUAGCUGAGGCGAAGCGAGAACGACACCAGAGAGAGAGAGGGGAAAGGACAGGAGUGCGGUGGACUCGAGUUUGCCUUUUGAAAAGGGGAAUCGAGAGAGGAGAGAACAAGGCAAAUCGCGAGUGCAAAACUUGACUCGACCAACGUUAUCAUAAUUAAUAGAGCUGGCGAGGCUUUGGACCUUGACUACAUAUUGCCAGUACUCCGUACACCGCCCUUCAAAACCCUACCGGUAUCCAAUAACCUACAACCGGAAGCUUCCUUUCUAUUACUGCAGCGAAGAGAGCAAGCAAAUACAGCUGAGCUCUUUCGUCAUUUUGCCACUCUUCCCUUUCUUCCCUUCUCUCCUUCUCCGUAACUCGCCGCAGCAGCAAUAACGACGGCAGCAACCCUAUUUUACUUUUUUUUUUCUUUCUUGUCCGCUCCUGCUUCUCGGAACGACUAGAUACGUUACGAUCCGGUAGAUACCUCGGUCGGCAUCACUGGUAUCCCUUACCCAGCUACAUAUCAUACAUGCAUACAUACCUACAUUCAUCCAUUCAUCCAUUCAUACAUACAUCCAUCCAUCUGUCCAUCCAUACUUACAUACCUACAUACCUUACCGACGACGACGAGAUUUUUGCUCCUUUCCUUCAUUCUUGACGCACACACGCUUCCACGUCUGGCGAACGGGAGGAAAACGGUCCACUCAAGCAAGGCGAGGGGUCGCACACGCAGAAAAUUGAAAACUGCACCGCAAAUCAAUCACACAACCAGGCCUAAGGUCCUAAUCGAGUAGGUUUUGCGGUACCGUGCAUCCCCCAAUCCAACCGAACCCAUCCACCAACCGCCGUCAUCACGAGGGAAAAGAAGGUGUGUGUGUGUGUCUCUGUGUGUGUGGGAAAAACUUGAGAAUCUAUCCAUCCAUCCACAUUCUAUUGAUUAAAAUUUUUUUUUUUUUAACUCAAGCCAUGCCACACUCUACAUUCCAUACCUCCUCCCCCUCCGAGGUAGUGUCUACUACCCAAGAGGGUUUAACCAUCGCUUCUUCCACCCCAUCAACUUCGCCGACACAAACACACGCACAAGCACAAGCACAAGGAGUCGUCGCAACACCAGUAGCAAUAGGAAUCUCGCAUCAACACCCACACCUCCUCCAUCUACACUCACACCACCACCAUCAAAACAUCCACACGAGCAAACAAGUCAAGAAACGUCUCCACAUGCGGUCGAAAUCCACCUCCACCACUACCACUACCACCCUCUCCUCGCACUCCUCAUUCUCCUCCCCAUUCUAUCACCACCACCACCAAAAUAACCCACAAACAUCAACAACACCUCGCAUCUUCGCCUCCCCGCUCCUGAGGAGUUCCUCCCUGCCCCUCGCGCCAGGGAACUCCUCUUCACCACCAACAACCCCCCGGACACUCUGGAUGCGCGCGUACCCGCCUCCAUCCCCGAUCCGAACCUCGACACCCUCCCCCCCACCCCCCUCCCUAGUUAACGAACCAUUCGUCUCUUCCUCCUCGUCAUCGAUAACCUCUUCCUCCUCCCCAUCAACGCCCACAAGCCUCCGCUCGCGCAGCCCAUCCAUUUCAUCACUAGAGACGAUACCCGACUCCCCGGAUGCGGAGGAGGAAGAGGAAAAGGCCGUCGAAGCGUUGAAGGAGGAGUGGGACUCGCGCAGGCGGAACACACCUAGUCGGAGUGCUAGCGCGGACAAGCGCAAAAGGUGGAGCGUGUGCGGAGCGGAGAAGAGGAGCGACCUGGAGCUGGAGACGAUAUGGGAAGAGGCCAGCUUCGGCGUGGAGAUUGUGGGUAGGGGCUCUUGUGAUGGGAUGGGUGAAGGGGAGAUGAUUUGAUUUCAACCCCCUCUUUUUUUCUUUUUUUUUUCCCCCCCUUCUUUCUUUCUUAUUUUUUGGCUUUAUUGUUUGGGAGCGAGCAAGCGGGGAAGUUGGAAUAAUGGCGUUGUAAUUUUCAUCUUUCGGGCACUCUAUACCCCCCUCCCCCACUCAUCAUCAACAUUCACAUCACUUGUGUUCUUACCCCCUCCCUUGCAUACAGACAUAAGCAUCAUACCAAAUCCUUUUCAUUGUCAUCAUUUCUUUUUGUCACCUUUUUACUACUACUACUUUAAUCCUAGGUGAAUGAAGGACGAAGCGAUGGGCAUUUAUAGAAUGGAACAAAAAAACAAUGGAAAUGAAGGUCAUGUAUUUUUACGAUGAGAAAAUUGUCGGAUUAGUUAGAUUCGUAGUGGGGAAAUUGAAACGAACAAAUUUUAAAAAA